UAUUGACCACUGGGAGCGAGCAAGGGGGCGGGCCUUAGGAAUCGACGUUACGUCGCAGCCUCGGUUAUGGCAAGUGACAGAGAGUGAGGAAGAGGAGGCGAAACUUUCCGGCUCGGAGUUGUUGUAUAUAGUUAAUGUGGCAGCGCCGCGUUAGCCUGGCACACAGUCAGCCUCGUCGUGUCUGAGCGAGCACCGUCUCCGAGGUCGCUGUCGAAGACAAACUGAAUACGCCAGAAGUUUGUUCCGGGUAAACAGGAGCGGAGAAACUAUGAGCAACAGAGAAGACGAGUAUGACUAUCUUUUCAAAGUGGUGCUUAUUGGAGAUUCGGGCGUAGGGAAGAGCAACCUGCUGUCCCGCUUCACCCGGAAUGAGUUCAACCUGGAGAGCAAGAGCACCAUCGGUGUGGAGUUCGCCACACGGAGCAUCCAGGUAGAGGGCAAGACCAUCAAGGCGCAGAUUUGGGACACAGCUGGACAGGAGCGAUACCGAGCUAUCACUUCAGCGUACUACCGCGGAGCUGUUGGAGCGCUGCUGGUUUAUGACAUUGCCAAACACCUGACGUACGAAAAUGCGGAGCGCUGGCUGAAGGAGCUGCAGGACCACGCAGACAGCAACAUAGUCAUCAUGCUAGUGGGUAACAAGAGCGAUCUUCGCCACCUAAGAGCCGUGCCCACAGACGAGGCCAAGGCUUUUGCAGAGAAGCACGGUUUGUCCUUCCUGGAAACAUCGGCUCUGGACUCCUCUAACGUGGAGCUGGCGUUCCAGACGAUUCUCACAGCCAUCUACAACAUCGUGUCACAGAGGCAGAUGUCAGGACGGAGCGACUCAGACUUCUCACCAGCCUCCAAUGUAGUGCCCAUCACCGUCGAGCCCACCCAAAACUCAUCCAACAAGGGCGCUUGCUGCCAGUCUAACUGAGACGUUCCCGCUGACCUCCUCCUCCUUCACCUCCAGGCAAACGGGGGAAAUAGCCAGAUAGACAGAUGGACAGGGAAAAUGGAGGCAGGUAGAGAGAGUCUCACGAGGACACGUGGGUCUGAUUUGUCUGUUUAGAAAACUUGAUACAGUGUGAAGAGGAGGGACCGGUGAAGGAGGUUUAAAGAAGCAGCAGCAGGAGGGUUGUGUCAGUGGAGAGAGGACAGGUGACUUGCACUGUUGGUCAGAGGCACAUGAUCAGAAUUGAUUCCCAAUCUAAGAAAUGUUUUAUUAAGGUGUCCUCCCUUUGAACGCUCUAUUUUACAAGCUAGUAAAUGGUUCCUUUCAGUUUCCCUCUGGCGGGAUAUUGAGCUGUAAAAAUCCACUUCCAAGAGACUGAAUUGCAACCCCCCCCCCAUCAGCACUGUCCUUCCCAUUUUCCCCAAAUGUAGAUUCUUUAGAGAACAACGUCCCCUUCCAAUAUUUAUUGAACACUAGAUUGAUGUGUUGUUUGGCCAAAGGGUUUAGCCGGUUUGUAGUUUCCACUCUGAUUUCUGAGCGCGCUCCUUCUCUUCUUUGUUUUUUGGUUUUUUUGUGUUGUCGUGUGUUUUUUUUAUGCUUCUGCCUACAAUCAUAUCUGUGUGUGUUUAAGGGUAAUGUUCCCUCGCUGAUGUAGGGGCGAGGGGCUCAGGCCAUUUUUCCUAAAUGCACAUGCUGGAAUUUGAUUGGUUCGAGUUGUGUUCCACGGGGCCUCUCGGAGCAAUAACAUCCCUUCCCAGCACUGACAUGCAAUUUCUUUUUUGAUUGCUUUUGAUCUUUGUUUGGAAGGCUUUCCUGCUCUGUGCACACUUUGUACUCCACCGAUGAGUCAUGCUCCUGCAAGCUUUGCUAAGCAUUCACUCUAAAUGAGAUGGGAUAGCUGCAUUGCUAGUGGAUGGGUUAACUUCCUAACAUGGCACUGGCUCUGCCCAGGACCGUUCCACCCCCGUCCUGAACCCGUAGCAGCAGAGAGACGGAUGCACGGACGGCCCUGUGCUGCUGCCGCCUGCUAGCUGGGAUACAUGGCUGGAUAAUAUUUCAGGGGAUGAGGUAGUGAGGGCACUCAGCCCUGCCCUGCUCCUGUGGUCUCUGAUGUACCCGAGAUGGCUUGUUUUACUGUAAAUGAAAUCCUCCACUGCCUGCUCACCUACUCCUUUCCGUCUCUCCCUCUACACAGUAUGUAACUGGAACAGGAUUCUGCCUUCUGGGAUAUCCCCGAGGUCUGCCCUCGCUUUCACUUGUCUUUAUUUCCUGUGGAGGGGCAGGUGGGGGCUGUGUCAGGAGCCAGGAUUGGGUUUGUUAGCAUCUAAUAGUUUAAUAGAUGAGAAAAGGGAGAAAGGAUGGUAAGGUUUGGAGGGGCUUGAUUAAAUCCAAAGGUGAUGGACACAGAUGGUGUUUAUCCUGCUGAUGUUUCCACAUCAACACAGAUCCUGUUGACUUCACAGGUCUUAAACUGGGUGGUGUUAGGUUAGGGCUUUUUAAACAUUGAUUCUAAUAUGUAUAUUUGGACUGCAUAUGUAUAAAUAAAUCUCAUUUCUUAUA